AUGAGUGCCGGAAACUCAAUGCUGCCGCGAGCAGCCUAUGAGCUCACCCCAGAGCAACAAGCACUCAAGGAUGCCGCCGAAGCCACAAAUGGAAACCUCGCCAAGUACCUCAUGAUUGUUUGCGGUUCGGUGUCGGUCGCUGUUAUUAUCUGGAAGGUCUGCGAACGCAUUAUCAGACUCACUCGACAUGUUGCCUGCUUGAACAACGAUAAGCAGCGCUACUUCGCCAUUCCUUCGCAGCGAUUCGCAUCACUCAAGCGCAACCUCCUCUAUGCUCCCGUAUUCAGCAAGCGACACAACCGCGAAAUCCAGCUUAGCAAGGCCAUCAACGUCGGCUGUCUCCCUACCCGAUUUCAACUGUUUUUCCUGAUCGCCUACUUUGUCUCCAACGUCAUCUGGUGUGUUAUCGAUAUCGACUUCUCUGCCGAUAUGUCGGCUGCAUGUGGUGUUAUUCGCAACCGCACUGGUGUUCUCUCUACAGUCAACAUGGUCCCCCUGUUCUUGCUGGCUGGCCGAAACAACCCUCUCAUCCCUCUCUUGAACAUCUCUUUUGACACUUACAACCUGAUCCAUCGUUGGUUUGGUCGCAUUGUCAUCCUUGAGGCUGUUGCUCAUACCGUCUCCCACUAUGGCAAGAAUGGGUGGAUAUUCACACCCCCCUCUGGCAGCUUCAUCCUGCCCGGCUUUAUUGCGACAUGUUCAUUUGUUUUCCUUGGUAUCCAAGCCUCCAGCCCCCUUCGACAUGCUUUCUACGAGAUUUUCAAGGCUCUCCACAUUCUCGCAGCCUGUGCCGCUGUUGUUGGACUGUACUAUCAUUUAUCUGCCUCGCCACCUCUGUUCAAGUGGCUCUGCUACGUCUAUGGUGUGAUCGCCCUUUGGAGUUUCGACAGAUCUUACCGUCUUUGGCGAGUCAUUCGCUCUCACGUUGGAGGUUCGCGCUCCCGAACAAUUGUCGAAGCUCUCCCCGGAAACGCUGUUCGAUUGACCAUGACUCUUGCUCGACCCUGGAAGGCCGCCCCCGGACAGCACGCCUACCUCUACUUGCCUGGCAUCAGCUACUGGCAGUCUCACCCCUUUUCCGUUGCAUGGCACGACGGCGUUGAGGAUGUUAAGAACGAGCGACUGGCCACGACGAACCAAGAUCUGCUGGCCAUGCAGCAGCACCGAAUUUCAUUCAUCAUCAGAGGCAGAACUGGCAUGACCGACACACUAUACCAGAAGGCUGUCGCUGCUCCCGGAGGACGUUUCGAGACAAGCUGCUUCGCCGAAGGACCUUACGGUGGCCACCACUCCUUCGACUCUUAUGGAACGGUUGUUCUCUUCGCUGGAGGUGUCGGCAUCACACACCCUGUACCUUAUAUCAAGCACCUUGUUGAGGGUUAUUCCGAGGGUACUGUAGCCACUCGAAGAGUCUUGCUUGUUUGGACCAUUCAGACUCCAGAGCAUCUUGAGUGGAUCCGUCCCUGGAUGACAGAGAUUCUGGGCAUGGACAAGAGGAGGGAUGUGCUCCGAAUCAUGCUCUUUGUCAGCCAACCUCGUUCGACCAAAGAGAUUCACAGCCCUUCAUCAACCGUCCAGAUGUUCCCAGGACGGCCCAACAUCAACACUCUCUUGGGUAUGGAGCAAGAGCAUCAAGUUGGUGCCAUGGCUGUCACUGUGUGCGGUCCAGGUGCCCUCAGCGAUGAGGUGCGCUUGGCUGUGCGAAACCGCCAAGAGCGAUCUCACAUCGACUUCAUUGAGGAAGCAUUUACGUGGUAA